UUUUCACGACAGCCUGCCACCAUUUUGUUCGGCUUUCCCGUACCUGCGAUAUUGUCCACGAAAAGAGCUUCAGAACUUAUCAACUGGUCGUUCAAACACACAAGAAAGAUAGAAGAUGGCUGACAAAGAUUGCCUCGUAUAUCGUGCCAAGUUGGCCGAGCAGUCCGAACGCUAUGACGACAUGGUUGAGGCGAUGAAGGAGGUCACCAUGAUGGGCACCGAGGAACUGUCACAAGAGGAGCGCAACCUGUUGUCCGUCGCUUACAAGAACGUGGUUGGUGCACGACGAUCGGCGUGGAGGGUGAUGUCGAGUCGUGACGCGUCCUCAGAGGGCGUCAAAGAGUACAAGGCGGUGAUCGAGAAGGAGUUGGAAGAGUUGUGCAACGAGGUGAUCACACUUCUCGACAAGCACCUCAUACCCAACGCGACCGCCUCCAAGAAGUCCGAGAGCAAGGUGUUUUAUUUGAAAAUGAAGGGCGACUACCAGCGAUACUUGGCCGAGGUGGCGACGGGCGAUUGUCGCGCGGGCGUCGUGGAGAAGUCGCGGAUCGCUUACGAGGAGGCGUUCAAAGCCGCCACCAGCACCUCUGAUAGUGGCGGUAUGGCUCCGACCCAUCCAAUCCGGUUAGGUCUCGCGUUGAACUUUUCCGUUUUCCAUUACGAAAUUGAAAAUGCGCCGGAUAAAGCGUGCGCGAUGGCAAAGAAGGCGUUUGACGACGCGAUCGCUGAGUUAGAUACCCUGAGUGAGGACUCUUACAAAGAUAGCACGCUCAUCAUGCAGUUAUUGCGCGACAACCUGACCCUGUGGACGUCCGAGACGCAAGACGAAGACCAGCAGGAAGAGAAUUAAAAUCGUCGUCAAUAGGUAGCGCUGUAUGUCUUGAAUCACGACAUCAUUUCUGGGAUUGUCAUCGAAUGUUGCGAGUCAACUGAAUGGUGAUUGUGUAUCGAAUUAACAGCUGUUGAGCAUCUUGACACACGAGGCUCUGAGUUUGCAACACCCCUCCUCCACCCCUCCUCGACCGGUUUAAGUGGGUGGUAUCGGACUGACAGUAGUGAGUGUAUGGCUUGCAAAUUCAUAGCACAAUAGUCAAGCUACUUUCGCUACAUUCGGCAGUGUGUAUCUAGCAGAACCAAGUGUCGUCAAGACCUUUGUUGUGUCUUUAACAAUUGAUUUAAAACUAGGGUCUAGGAUAUUUUAAACCCGCUUCACCAUGCGGGACAAGCUUUUCACAAACCUGAUUUCCCUCUCACUAAACUCUCAUCUUUGACCCUGGUCUUGUGUCGACUCGUAGAUAUCUCCCUUUCCCUGUGUGAGUUCUUUCGGUUAGUGCGCUAGAACAGUCCACUUUAGAAAGUCGGGGGGGGGGGGGGUAAAGGUUGACUCGUAAGAUACAAAAUCACCAUUCAAUUGACGUCGUAACACCUCCAGCUUUCUUUGUCCUCGAUCGUCAGUCCCCAUUUUGAUUUUAAAAAGAACAAGCAGAGUCACCUUGUUUCUAUCUUAAAAAAACAUGUAAGCUUUGAUUUUUAAUGUUUCGUUAAAAAUUGACAGAUUUUGAUAACGAAAUUGUCAGUAUAACCGUAACUGAUCAAUGUUUAAGAUACUUUUUCCGAUUAUCCAAAAUCGAUAAUACAUUGGUAUUAUGUCUGGCUAAUUAAACCACUCUAUUCGAACCUCAUCAAGAUGUUUAUUGUCUGGCUUGAUAGGGUCACAGUGCACAGACAGUUGCACCCUGAGCAACAAAUUAAUGUUGAGGAAUUUUCUGAAAUCUACAAUAUGAUUUUUUUACUACAUAACUUCAAAAUAAAUGAUGCAUAAAAAACUUAAAUUAAAAACCAAGCUUUAUAUUGUAACAGUUGUGACAGUUACUCAUUAAUGAAUUGUAUCUACUCUGGGCUAUGCAGGGUGUUUCAUAAAAACUCGCAGGCUUUACCAGGCCUCUGCAUCUAAAUAGGGAUUCCAGUUGGAUUUUUUUGAUUCACCCUGUCUACGUAACAACCUCGAACCCAUGCAUGUUUACAUGUACAGAUGUAGUGUAUUUGAUGACAACCCGUUCUGACUUAAUCUCACACACAAAAUGUCUUAUAAAAAGAUGUAGUAAUAUGGAUAGUAUUUGGAGUCAUUUUGCCUUUUAGGCACGACCGUUGUUGGAAUGUUCGGAUGCCAUUUCCAAGUCGAAGAAAAUACCUCAAUUGAGAAUACUGGCUUCAUUUUUAUGUAAAAAUAAUAUGACAUGGAGGUGACAUGAAACGCCAUGAAUCAUAUGUAGCCCGCUCUUCGGAAGUGACCUGUCUGUCUUAAAGUGACACGUCACAAGUGAGUAACAUUAACUCUCUGUUAACCCAGACUUAAAGUGCAAAUGAGUUUGUAUCAAAAUCACUUGAUCAUCUAUUAUUCCGAUAUGUUUGGUAUUAGGCUAGAUUCACUGUAUUCUCUUCAAGAAUUGGAUUUUACCAUUCAGUUAUCACAUCUUUAGAACAGAGGUCUUCACGAUCGCAGAUUCACCUGAUCAUCACCGUUAUGCGUAUUGUAUCAUCAAAAACAUGAUGUAUCUCCAUGUAUAUUAUAGCAUUGUAACUGAUAAUAGGCCACCGCUUUUCUGUAAAAUGUCUUCUGCUUUGACCAAAAUCUUUCUCCCGGUUCUGCGUCUGUUGCAGUAUUUCAGUUAUUUUUCACCGAUGGAUGAUUCAGUGAGGUACAUCUUUCUGGUCAUUUAAUCAACAUUUUUCAUCUCGAAUGACUCCUUACGAAAGAAACGCACGACUUUAACUUGGAGAAAUUUUCAUGAAAAUUGGUGGCCUAUCACGUAAAUGGUAUAUAGUCCUUCUUGUCUGAAUGUCAUAAGUUUAUAAUUAAUGCAAGAUGGAUUUUUUUAUUCUGACAUAGCGUCUUUGUAAUUUGGCUAAUCGUGGUGAAGCUGAUUAGAGCAGCGCGUUUUGUAAUUCACAUGACAUAUUUCGCACUCAUCGUAUAGAGGGCGCUUUAGCUUGGUCUACUUUAUGAGUGGAUAGUUGACACCUUCACGGCCGGUGUUUCACCCCCCAACAGACCCCUAGAAAAGAGAAGGAUAAGAGAUUGCUGCAUGCCAUAGGAUCUUUUAGCAGUAACUUCUCCAAGACAAGGUCUUCUUCAAUCAAUAGAGCUAUGUUAGCUACACUCCUUUACCAUAUUUUAUUUUAUGGUUGAAUGAAAAAUGACCCCCUUUUCAACACCCUGUCCCCUCAGAAGAAAUUCCCGAAGGCAGAAAAGCGUUAUCGUGAUAUUUUUAAAUAUCAUGAUGAAUCUUUUCCGACUCCAUUAGUGAUUAAAACGGUUUGUCUUUUCUGUUCCUGCCUCACCCUGAAGAUGGCUAUGGUGUAGUUCCUUCGAAAGUCCAUGAGACUCUGAUAACCAGCUCAAUGAAGGGGUUUGGGGCCACGUGGAUCCACGUGGUUCGGCCGUGAAGGUGUUAAGACACUGUAAUCUCUUCCUACGUCUGUGUCAGUUGAUGUGACACGUGUUGUUGUCAUUCUUGGUCUUUCUGUUCGUUAUAAAAGAUACUAGUUGAAAGUUAGAUUGUGAAAGUGCCAUUCAUUGACAAAAUGCUGCCAAGGGGACAAACACGUUUUCGAAAUGACACCUCAAGAAGAUUUAUACGUAACUGGGGUAUAUCUGUCUUGAUACGAUGCAGAAACCUCAGUGGUCGAGAUGUUUAAAUUCAAAAUGUCACAUUCAUUCUGUCACCGGUGCGUCUACUUUACUUCAACAAGGUCACAUUAAAAAAAUAGAAAAAACGGUAGAUUUUGUACCAUGUAGAUUGUGAAAGUGCCAUUCAUUGACAAAAUGCUGCCAAGGGGCCAAACACGUUUUCGAAAUGACACCUCAAGAAGAUUUAUACGUAGCUGGGGUAUAUCUGUCUUGAUACGAUGCAGAAACCUCAGUGGUCGAGAUGUUUAAAUUCAAAAUGUCACAUUCAUUCUGUCACCGGUGCGUCUACUUUACUUCAACAAGGUCACAUUAAAAAAAUAGAAAAAACGGUAGAUUUUGUACCAUGUAGAUUGUGAAAGUGCCAUUCAUUGACAAAAUGCUGCCAAGGGGCCAAACACGUUUUCGAAAUGACACCUCAAGAAGAUUUAUACGUAGCUGGGGUAUAUCUGUCUUGAUACGAUGCAGAAACCUCGGUGGUCGAGAUGUUUAAAUUCAAAAUGUCACAUUCAUUCUGUCACCGGUGCAUCUACUUUACUUCAACAAGGUCACAUUAAAAAAAUAGAAAUAACGGUAGAUUUUGUACCAUGUAGCAGGCAAAACCACUUUUGAGCUCCGAGAACAAAACACCCGUCAUUCAUCGACUAACCUCGUACAUGUCAGAGAACAGAAGUGUGUUAAUGGAUGUUGGUCUAAAUGGCCUCUUGGAAAAUGUUAGAAGUAUUGUUUUGAAAUGUAUCAAAUAUGUUGGCCAAUAAUUUGGAUCCUUGAGUCUGUAGAAUCGGCUGAUUUUAGAUUAAGAGCCUUUUUCAUUGUUCAGUGUUAGGAUGCAACCUUUUUUUUGUGGUUCGGAAAGCUGGAUUAAAGGGACAUCUUUGGCCUGAGAUUUACCUUGCCAGGAGGAUAGUUCUCCAGCUGGUCACCAGGUGCAGCCACUUGUGGUAUCAUACUAAUGAAUAGGUUUUGUGAAUUUCAUUCAGGCGUAAGGUUUUAUCUCGUUCUAGUGAACUUUUAAAUGCAUUUUAAUGAUUUUUUCUCCUGUUAGGAGAAAUCACGGUCCCGCUGGAAGCUUUUUUAAAUGAAAAACCAACAUAUCUCAUACCCAAGUUGUCCCUUCAAUGUCGACUCCAGCUUGAACCCUGAUUCUGAGUUUUGUUAGCGAGAAUGUAAUUUUUGUGUCAAUUUUCACAAUGUUUCAUCGAUUUGUUUACAGUAUUUUGUCCAGUCGAUUCUGAGGCACCAAGAAAGCGAUUUUUAAGAAUUUGUUUCAAGAUGAAGUGAAAUUGAUGACGCUUUAUUCAAAAUAACAUUCCUAAACAUAUUGAAAAUAAGAAAUGACACUUGAUCGGUCAAAAUGAUGUCACAUAGCAAAGUUUUGUCAUCUAUUUGAAGUGAUGCUCCUAAGGCUUCACUAGAAUUUUAAUUGCCAGCAAAACUUAUCAUAUAGUGCCAUAACCUGCCAGUUGAGAUGCGGGUCACUUUAACGAACAUCAAAUGUAAUGACGACAGAGCAGAAAAUGUAUGUCGGUAGUUUUAAAAAUGGUAAACCAAACUAUUACAAGACCUCUAUAUUGAGUUUUGGGUGAAUCCUCAGGUCGUCUUGUUCGAAAUACUGUGAACGGUUUCACCAGCAAUCUUAGUCCAUAGCUUUCCUCCUACUUAAUAAUCCAGCUCUAUGUAAACUUUAUCCAGCUCUAUGUAAACUUAUAUCUUGGUCGUAGUUCAUGUAAGAUGAGUCUAUACUGAAUACGAAUAAAUUUCAUGUCAUUUAGCUUGCAAA